CAACAUCACAGCUAACCAUACAAUAAAAAUCCCGUCCAAAUAAGAAAAAAUCAAAAGAGAUUGGAUGAAUAAGUCUGCACAAUACAUUUUAGAGUUGGUUGUAGUAUCAAGUACAUUGUGUUCAAAGUUUUACUGCUGCCAUUGCAUGUUUUUUUUUUGCUAUGAACAACGUAACAGUAGUUUCAUUCUGAGUUAAGACAGAACCAAAUCAGAGCUUUCAUCAUAUUGUAUUAAAUGUAUUUCUUUACAAGUUUUAUAUAAAAAAAUUAUAUUAUUUUAGUGCUUACGGAAAAUGUUAAAUAAAUUUGAAAAUAAUUAUUUUUAAAGAGACGUAAAAAUUUGAGCUGAAGGUGCAAACGUGAAUAAUUUGAAUAAAUGGUUGAUGUUUUGUUGCAAAGGUGUUUCUCGCAAAAUUGGUAAUUUAAUUUUCCCGUUUUUCGGAAAUUCUUCCAUAUAUGUUGUGAGAGACCAGGAACAAAUUAAUUGGGUGAAAUGAUGAUACGAAUUUCUCAUCCAGAUAGUACACUAAGCAGAAUGUGUAUUAACACACCAAGAUAAAGCGAUAUUCAGUACACAAAACAACUGUGAUGAGCCAGCCGCACAUCAACAUCGUCUAACACCAAUAAAAAGUUAAAUGCUCCAAAUCAUGAUAACCAAACGAACCAUAAGAAUGCUUCCUGAUGAAGAAAAACAGAAAUAGUAAACUAUUAAAAUCAAACACUGUGUGAGUGCGUUGUGAUCAUUUACCGUAACAUAACCAUUUAACACACGCUUCUUUUUGUGCACAAACACUCAUUUAUUGAACUAAUUUCUUUUCUUCAUACAUCUUAGUAUGGCGUUUCUUUCUUCAAAGUAGAGAAUAAAUGUAAAGCUCGACGAGUAAUGUGACAUUUAUGUGACGAACAACAUCAAAACUGAAUUAAGAAACAAAAACAAGAAAAAAAUAUGAAUAUAUGAAGAGUAUGACCAUCAUGCCAGAUAAAGUUCAUUUUUUAUGUUCGUGUUCACAAUAUGUGCACGGAAGUGGAAAACCAACGAAAAAGAAAAUAACCUGUAAACAAUGCAAGGGAAUCAAAUUACCGUUUACACCAAUUGGAGGUACAGUCCGAGUGUUUUCAACCCCAUAUGUUUUGGAUGCUGCUGUGACAAGAAAUUGUUUUGGAACCGUACGAUUUCCACCAACAUGUGAAAAUCAAAGACCAACAAUUUUAUGUAGAGAAAAUGAUCCAUACAACUUUUUACGUCAAUCACGCCUGUUAAGCAUGGAUCGAACGAACGAUCAAAAAUUACAACAAUGUAAUAAAUUCCAAAAAAAUAAUGUGCAUUUUGGGCCGAAUCAUAUGUUUGUAAAUCAUUCAACACGAAUUUUUGAUUCAUUAUCUCCUUCGGAAUAUCAUUAUACUCGUCCAAUAUUUCAAACAACGAUUAAUCCAUACGAGCUCAUUUCAUCUACUUUGCAUAAUAAUGAAUUUUCAACAUCAAACUUAUAUAAUAUGAGAAAGAAUAAAGCGACAGCUAAUUAUAAUUCAGAAUCAAUCGUUCUUCAGAAUCGUAAUGAUGCGUAUAGUUUCAACAAUUUGGACUUAUUCUCCGAUCAGAGAACAACUGCUGAACAAACAAAGACGACCUCAUUUUUUCUUUCUUCACAGCCUCCGCCUACACCAGCCGUGGAAUCCCUACCAUUGUCAAUAAAAGCGGUUCCAAACAAAAUACUUAAUAAUUCGGAAGCAGUAAAUACUAUUCAAAAAGGCCUUAAAAAGAUAAUGAAAGAGACAAAAUCAGUUCGUAUUGAGAAUGGGACGUUGUUAACAGGUCGAUUCAAAAAAGUGCAAUUUAAUACAUUACCAGAAUUGACACGACCAAAAAUAUUAGCUGAGUUUCAGAAAGAGCGAGAUUUUGACCUAAAUCAUUCUACACCUGAACACGACGAUGUUCUCUCAAAUGGACAAAAAAAUCAUACAGGUAUGAAAACAACCAGCCAAAGAAGGAAGCCUGUAAUGCGUUCAAUGAGUGAUCGGCGUGAUAAGGAUUCAAAGGCAUAUGCUUACUUCAAAGAUACGACCGCGUUACGCACAAAACCACAUCGAAUAAGUCCACAUCAACUUUUUCUGAAAACAAAUAACACAUUACGUCAUAGACCCUCCUGUCCUCCACCAAGCUGCCCGAAAGAUCAGCUUGCAAAAAAGACAGAACAAAUUAUUCAAAAUCAGAGCGCCCCUCAACGACCACCACGUCAGCAAAAACCUCAAAAUAAAAAAUUAUCAAAUAAACCGAGAUUGUUGGAUGAAACCAAAGCUUCAAGAAUCUUCGGUUUAUUACCUGUGUCUAAAACCACCAUUGAGCCAUUUCCAAAAACAAUGGGCUCACUGAAUAAACAAAAUAAACAGAAAACGUCAAUUACAAUAAAUAGUGAUGAAUGUUCAACAGUAAAUGUGAACGAUCGUGUUAAACUGUAUCACUCAUCUGUUUUAAUAAGAAGUGGCACGGACCCAGAAAACCAAAAAGAAUUGGAAAAAAGCACACAAGAUCUACCAAAUUUUAAAAAUGAAACAAUGGGCAAAAACAAUCAAAUUUCACACAAUGCAGCUAUGUCUGAUAAGACACCGACAGAUUUAAAUAAAACUAAAACAUUAAUUUACUUGGAUGAUACAAGUAAUUCUCAAAACAAGAAAGUUGUGUCCGAAGAAAAUGGAUCAUCUACAAUGAAAAAUAAUGUUGAUGAUAGUGGAUGUGAUAGUAGUAUCAUUCAAUCUAACUAUUUUACAGACAGUUUUAUACUGAAAUUAUUAAAUGAUCCAUUCUUAAGUCAUUUGCUAUAUGGUCUCGAAAUUAAAUCUAUUGCGAAUAUAAUAGAAAGUUCAUUGAUAAAAAUGGGCACCAGCAAAUACAGUUAUAAUUUUAUUACUAGAUUAACCAAAGACACUGAUACAGAUAAAAUAUUUGUUAAAUAUUUACACGAAAUAAUCAAAGAAGAGCGUUAUCUAUAUGAUUUGAUGGAGGCUAAGUUGAAUGAUAAAGGACUUUGCGAGAAAAACAAAAUAGUUCCGGAUGUAAAGCUUCACGACAUGCUCUCUGAACCAAAAUGGUGGAAAAGUGGUGAAUGUUUAUUGAAAUCUGACAUACAUCAAUACGAAUCUAUCUGUUUUAACUGUGAUCCCAUCUACGAAGAAAUCAACGAAAAGCCUCCGCCUUUGCCAACCAAUCCUCCACCGAUAUUGGCCAAUACAUCUGAUUAUAAGCCAAUGUUUUUGGGAGCAACAAAGUACGAAAUUUUAUCUUAUUUAGUUGAUGCAAAAGAUCGAGUUCCAGAGGAGCCUUAUACAUUCAAAUUUCUACGUCGUUCGACGAAUGAAAUGAAGUCCUUAGAAAAGGUACCUGAAGGCAAUGGAAAAGCUAUCAUCAAUAUAAAACAGGUGACCCCACAUAAUGGAAGCGAAGUAAGAUUAUAUGAAACUGAUAAAUUCAUGACAAGCAUUGAGCGAAAUGAUUCUGGUGUUGGAUCUGAAACAAGUAAAACUUCAAGAACAAAGUAUCAACCAGGCAUUAUAGAGAAUAAAAAAAAUCAACCAAUACAUUUAUGCGAAGAUUGCGAUGAAGCUGUUGAAUUGCAUUUCUAUGGAGCACCAGAUAUUUACUUGCCAAUCGUUUGUAGAAAUUGCAGUAAGAAACGUACUGAACGUCGAGAAAUUCUUUGGGAAUUCAUUGAAACGGAAAAAAAAUACACACGCGACUUGCAAAUUAUAAUUGAUGAGUUUUAUCGUCCAAUGUUAGUGGCUGGCUUACUUACGCAAAAUCAACUUUCAGCAAUUUUUUUGAAUAUUGAAGAAUUGCUUCAAAAUAGCGAAUCAUUCUGUAGAAAAAUAAGAGAUGCUCUUGAUACAGCAAACGAUCAAGGCGACGAUGAUCUGUUCACUGUCGAUAUUGGAAAAAUAAUCUUGGAAACAUCAUCUAUGCUCUCGGCAUUUGAAACCUAUUGUGUACAGCAGGCAGCUUCUAGUUUAUUGCUUGCCAAUUUAGAAAAAGACAAAGAGCUACUGAAAAUUUUUUUGCGUGUCUCUCAAAUGGAAAAUUCUGUUUUACGUCGAAUGAACCUAAAUUCAUUUUUGAUGGUAAUCUUACUACUAAACGUUCUGAGUUGUAAGCAAAAGUUUGAGAAAUGUUGUUAUCGAAAAAAGUAUCAAGUUAACCAAUAGUCAAUGAGAUUACCGAAAGAUAGUUUUAUCAAACUAAAAAACAGCACUUUACACACAAAAAACACCUAACCUCAAUAUGAGACGAUUUGACAUAAAAUUCUGUUUAUCCGAAGUCUCAUUUAUUUUUGAAUAAAUUUUAGUAAACAAUUUUUUUUUUCAAUUAUUUGUGCGUUAUACCGAGUCUCCGAGAGUUUCUCCCGUAGGGGGUGUAACACCUAUAGAUUCCGACUCCCAGAACACUUUGGACCAGGUCGGAUCCACCUGCUCCACAAUAUUAGCUUCCAGCUCAUGACAUCUGAAAUAUUGGGUUCCUUGGAACUACCAAUGAUCAUAUCUGACCCCAUAUCAAUAUAUGGAAACAAUUUUUUUUCCAAAUGUCAUGUCUUGAACCCCUCUGUUACAUGCAGCAUUUUGAAAGAAAAAAAAAUUUGCUGAUCCGUGGAUGUUUUUUCACACAAAAAUUUAAAUCACAUAAUUUUUCAUAUAAAAUGUACGUGGGUCUGGCCAGAAUCAUGUGGCAUGAAUACGAUGUAUACAUCA